AUGUGGCUCUACGUGGGCCUGGUGGCCCUGGUGUGGGCGCUGGGCUGGUACCUGCGGGACCGCCAGACCCUGGCCAGCGUCCAGGACAAGCACGUCUUCAUCACGGGCUGCGACUCGGGCUUCGGGCACAUGCUGGCCAAGCGGCUGGACAGGAAGGGCUUCCGGGUGCUGGCCGGCUGCCUGACCCAGAAGGGAGCCGACAACCUGCAGCGCACCAGCUCAGCCGGCCUGCGGGCCACCCUGCUCGACGUGACCAGCAGCGAGAGCAUCCAGCGGGCCGCGGCGUGGGUGCAGGCUGAGGUGGGGGAGAAAGGUCUCUUCGGGCUGGUGAACAAUGCGGGGGUGGCAAACCCCAUCGGCCCCACUGAGUGGAUGCGGAUCCAGGAUUUCCGGCAGGUUCUGGCUGUCAACACCUUCGGCCUCAUCGAGGUGACCCUGGCGCUCCUGCCGCUGCUGAAGCGGGCGCGGGGCCGCGUGGUCAACACGUCCAGUGUGCUGGGGCGGCUCUCGGCCAACGGGGGCGGCUACUGCGUCUCCAAGUACACGGUGGAGGCCUUCUCCGACAGCCUGCGGCGGGACAUGUACCACUUUGGCGUGCGCGUGUCCAUCGUCGAACCCGGGUUCUUCAAGACGGCUGUGACCAGCCUGGACGCCAUCGAGGCCUCGCUGCAGGAGCUGUGGAGCCAGCUGGUGCCCGAGGCCAGGCAGAGCUACGGGGAGGAUUUCUUCCAGCAGUACCUCAAGGUGCAGCGGCUCAUCAUGAACUUCAUCUGCGACCCCGACCUGAGCAAGGUGACCAGCUGCAUGGAGCACGCGCUGCAGGCCAAGCACCCGCGAACGCGGUACAGUGCCGGCUGGGACGCCAAGCUGCUCUGGUUACCGGCCUCCUACCUGCCGGCCUUCCUGGUGGAUGCUGUGCUGGCCACGAUCCUGCCGAAGCCGGCCCGCCGCAGCCGCUAGCCCCAGCGCUGCACGUGGGGUUUAGCCCAAAGAAUGUGAUCGGCCCCCGGCCCCCCAAAGCCUGUUGGAAAUAAACCGGCCCCCAAAGGA